ACCAGUUUUCUUUGCAGAGCGCAAUAUUUUUUAGAAAGUUGGGACUAUCAUUUUGAUCAUUAGAGCACUUUACAGCAGAGCUUUAUUCAAACCUAAACACGGGAUAUAUGAAUUGUAUUUUGAUAAAAUAAGCAAAAUGAAGUUUUCAUAUCUGUUUUUGAUUUGUUUGUUUUCUAUUUGGGACUGUUGCAAAGCAAGUCAAAUUGGACAAAUUAUUUUUUCGAGACAGCUUCUUGGUCAAAAGUUAAACACACUACAUGGUGUAUCUCUGGAACUAUGUGCUGAGAAUUGCCAAAGAAAAGGAAAAUGCUUAUCAAUAAAUUAUAACCGGAUGAUGAAGUUAUGUGAAUAUAAUGUUGCAACGAGAAGCUCAGAGAUUCAAUAUAACCAGUCUGUAGGGUGGAUAUAUAGUGACAUCAUCACCUGGCCACACCGUAUUCCUUCGCUGUGCAAAGACAAAAGUUGUUCAAUCAACGAUACAUGUAUAGUAGAGUCAGAGACCGGCCACAGAUGCAAAAUAGAAGAAUGCAUAUCACCUCCAGGAUUAGAAAACGGUGUUGUUUUAGGGAACUUGAAUAGCGUCGGAUCGACAGUUCGUCUCAAAUGCAACUCUGAUUUUGCCCUUGUAGGACAAUCAUUUUCCGUCUGUCUAGAAAAUUACGGAUGGAGUAGCUACGGGCAAUGUUCAAAAACAUGUCAGACUUUACCUAUAAGUAAUGAGCUUAGAAUUACAACACUUACCAAUGAAUCACAGUCUGAGGUUGUAAGCGUUACAUACGAGUGUAUAGGGAAUUUAUACAUUAUUGGUAACGCUACAAAUUAUUGUGCAAACGGAACAUGGGCGUUCGAGUUGCCGCAGUGCAUCAGUGAAUGUCCUGCUGGAGAAAGGUACAGUAACGGUUCAAACAGCUGUGUGGAGGACAACAUGUGUCCAUUGGGUUAUACAGACACAUUUACGUUAUACAAAAACAGUGUAUUACCCGGCGAGGAUUCGUCUGGGGCUAUAUUGAUAACGGAGUCGGUAUCAGAAUGUAUGACCCAUUGUAUUACAGAGACGAGGUACGAGUGUGUAUCUUUCGAUGUCUAUAGCAAUAGAACAUGUUACUUACAGAACGUUACGGGUGACGGAUUAGGAGGCCUUAGCUAUACUACAGACUUCGAUUAUUAUCAGCGAGAUUGUCUAAACUAAACGCAGUCCCGGGUUGUCAAUUAAUUCUUUAGAUAGUUAAGAAGAAAUAGAUCAUAGUAAUAUCUAGUUAUUACUCGUAAAAAUUAUUUAGGACCUCACAAAAAGGAUGAUUUUGUUGUACUGCCGAUUCCGAUUGUAAAGAAAGUGAUUGUAUAUGUUUAAGAGUAGAGAGGCAUCGCUUUUCCUUCUAUAAUAGUAAAUGAAAUGCAAUCAGUUACAAGAAGAUAUAAGAGCAUUACAGAAUCAUUUGUCGUACUGUACUGUACUGUCCAUUUUGUGUUCUUUUAUACGUGAUUGUCAAGAACCGAGCUUAAACCGGCAUUAGUUUUCAAAUCGAAUGAUUAUUUUUCAAUAGUAAUACAUACAGUAUCAACAGUAUUUAUACAUUGUCACAAAGUAAACCAUGUGCCACACCAGUUAGAUAAAUAAAAUCUGGAAAGUGGAUCCCUUGGAAGCACCGAGAACAAGGCAAACAGUGAAAAUUGCACACUCGGUUUGAUUGAGUCUGUUCAUGAGCAGUAAUGGAAAAUGCAACACUGCCCACGCCUCCUAGCACCGGCUUAAGCAGUAUUCAAUCUUCAAAUCUGAAUGAGUUG